GCGCGUCCUUCGCGGCAUCGUAUCAUCCCUCGCCUGCUCUGCAAAUCAGCCUGCGUGUACCGAGGCAGCCUACAGCCAUUUCCAGCGCUACAUGGCCAAUCCGGAUGAUCCAGCCAACUGGGUUGACCCAGACAUGAAAAGUGUUGUGUACUGUGAAGGUGUGCGCCAGGGUGGUGAUGAGGCAUACAACUUCUUGCAGGAGCAGUACCAAAACACCAAUGUCAUCUCUGAGAUGAAUGAAAUUUCAAGUGCAUUCUCAUGCCAAUCUAAUAGUACAUCUAUCAGACACCUGCUGCAGAUGACUGCGGCUGGCACUCAGGACGGCAUCCAUCAGAAACACCUACCUAUACUAUUGGAGGCAGCACUAAGAAAGCAUCGUGGAGAAUCUGUUGCCGCUGCAAUUGAAUUCCUGGUUGACAACCCAAAGGUUCUGCUUUCCCGAUACAUUGACAAGAAGACAAUCAGGAAGCUGCUCACAGACAUCAUCAGUACAACUUGUGACCAACACCUACUUGAUAAAGCAAGCUUGCUGGCAACCUCAAUGGGGAACCAAAGAUUGGCAUCAGCAACAUCGUCAAGGCAUACUACCUUAGCGCAUUGUCAUACCUUGCGGCAUGCUGCCUCUCGUUGGUUACGGCAUUGGAUACAACAGCGACAGCAUAAUUCUAUUUGAAGAA